CUGGAAACAUGGAAUUUACAGUGGAGUGUUGUCACCUGUCACAGUACAUAUUAAGGUGGUAAAUUAAAUUUUGUAAAAAUGCAGGCUUUUGUUUUAUUCAAUUUCUGCCUGUUAUUUGUUAUUUCAUCGAGCGCGCCAGUUAAAGAGGAGAACAAUCUCAAUGAAGCCAAAGAUUUUAGUGGAGAUGUUGGGGAAGAAGGCGAAUUAUUUGAGGGCGACAUGUUAUUGUCGUCGCAGCAACAUCGUGCGAUACACACUGCGACACAACAGCGCAACGGACUGUUGGGUGGUUCCAAACGCUGGCCGGAGCGCACUGUUGCCUAUCACAUCGAAGAAGAUGACUUCGAUGAGGAUCAAAUCAAAAUGAUUGAAGAAGGGAUGGCGGAUAUCGCUAAUAAGUCUUGUAUAAAAUUCGUGCCCAGAGCUUCUGAUGGUGACCAUGCUGUAAUAAUACAGGGUUCUGCGAACGGGUGCUUCUCUAGCGUAGGGUUUAAUACUCCAGGCGACGACGAUGACGAAGAGGUUAGUCAGGUACUGAACCUAUCCAAGGGCUGCUUCAGGCAUGGCACAGUAGUCCAUGAGAUGCUGCACACCCUGGGUUUCUAUCACAUGCAGAGCACAUACGAUAGAGAUGACUACGUCAAAAUUGUAUGGGAAAAUAUAAAAGCUGGCACAGAACACAAUUUUGCCAAAUACACGAAUGACACGGUAACCGAUUUCGGAGUGCCGUACGAUUAUGGCAGUGUAAUGCAUUAUCCUGAAACUGCUUUCUCUAAAAAUGGGAAUAAAACUAUAAUUGUAUUGAAGGACGAUGCAGUGAUAGGCCAAAGAAAUGGCAUGUCUGAAAGUGAUAUUCUGAAGCUGAACAGAAUGUAUUGCGAAUAGUCUCAAAAUGUCAUUGAAGAAUGCUGAACUAUGAAAUGCUAUGUAACGUCUCAAUAACGGCUGCUUGACCCUGAAGUGUUUUUAUUGAUAGAGUCGAAUUGGCAAUAAUCUGUGAAUAAAAGUUUUCAAAACUGAAA